AGGCCACGUGUGCGUUGCGUCCCUCGCCGACAGUCCGGUCCGCAGACAUGGAGGAGAAAGUUGAUCUGGACUUGGAGGAUUUUUCUUCCGAGCCGCUUUUUGACUACUUGGUCAAAGAAGUGGAGCGAGACCCGACAUUUCUAAUCGGGGUGUUCGUCGCCAUAGCGGCUGUUAUAAUAACGAUAGUGUUUUGGAAGUUUUUCGUCAGCACCCAAACAAAAAGCAAUAGCGUUCUACUGGUGGGUUUGUGUGAUGCAGGCAAAACUCUUCUCUUCAGUCGGCUGCUGUCAGGAAGAUUCACAAGGACACAGACGUCUAUCAAUGAAAGCAGUGCGUCCUACAGGGCAAAAAAUGAGAGGGGUACCACCUGGACUCUCGUUGACCUCCCUGGUCAUGAAAGCCUGAGACCUCAGUUUGUGGAGAAGUUCAAGGCGUCUGCCAGAGCACUCGUUUUCGUGGUGGACAGCGCAAUCUUCCAGAAAGAGGUGAAGGAUGCGGCUGAGUUUCUCUACUCUCUGCUGACGGACGGUGUGGUGGUCAAGAAUGCCCCGACGCUGCUGGUUGCGUGCAACAAACAAGAUAUUACCAUGGCAAAGUCGGCCAAACUGAUUCAGCAGCAGCUGGAAAAAGAGCUGAACACUCUGAGGGUGACUCGCUCUGCGGCGCUUAGCUCUCAAGACGGCUCCAUCGGGGCUGCGGUGCACCUUGGGAAAAGGGGGAAGGACUUUGAGUUCUCCCAGCUGCCCAUAAAAGUGGAGUUUGUGGAGUGCAGCGCCCGCGGCAGCAAGGGGGAAGAGGGGGACGCCGAUAUCGAGGCUUUGGAGAUGAGUCUGGCUAAGCUGUGAGGGAUUCAUUCCAUUCAACAUCUCCCUCUUAAUGCAUCUCUUUGCAUUAAAAUCCAUUCAUUGCUUUCUAGUCAGUGUUGCUUUUUCCCUUUAAAACUAUAGCAAGAUGAAAGCUUUCUCCAUUUGCCCAGGACAAAGAAACUGAUAUCCAAGGUAUUGGCAAGCGUCCAAGCACUCUGUUUUGAGUUCCCGUCAGAUUAUGAAAUGUUAUUUAUUUUUGUGUGCAGAUGAUGAUGCUGGUUAAGGUACAAGACGUUUGUUACAUUCAUUUGUUUUGUCCAAGUCUGCGUUGUGCCUUAGGUCUGAGAGCCAGAUGACUGUAGUCUUGGUUGUGCAUCAGCGUUAAACAGCCUGUAAAUAAAUGACUUGUGAGAUUUUCGCCUCA